AUGGAUACAGAUACAAAAUUAUGCCAAGGUAAAGACGUUUUUGAAAAGAUGAAUUAUUUAUACCAGGCAAGUUAUUUAAUGGCAUUGAAAAAUAGGGUAGUAUCAUCAUAUUAUGGUAAUAUAAUGGUUGGAUGUGGAAAAAAAUCUGUUUUACGAAUAGAGUCUGAUAUCAAAAGGACAAUUUGUAAAUGCUGUCAGUCUCCACUUAUUCCUGGUGAAACAGCAAGAGUACGCUUAGUAUCAAAACCAGUAAAAAGUGUAAAAUGGACAUGUUUAACAUGUUUAAGUGUUAAAAGAUUUCCUACAAAAAAAGGUUAUAAAUUAUGGAUUGAACAACCUUCUUCUACAAUUCAAAUAUUUAAUUAUACAUCAAAAUUAAAAGAUGAUAAACCUAAUAUUGUCAUAGAAGAGAAGAAUUUAUGUAAAGGUAAAUAA